GCAGCCAUCAUGAAGGGUACAGUCUCGAUCUGCUGUCUCCUCUCCCUGCUGCUUUUGCAGGCCACAGCAGAAGAAGAAGAUGCCGCCUCUGUUCUCAGAGACAAGUCUCACAUCGACGAGACUUUGCGGCUUUCAUCUGAGGAAAAGGCAGGAGACUAUGCAGCGGCUCUGGAGAGGUUGCGGAAGAUCUACCACACGGCCAUCAAGCCGAUGGAGCAGGCCUACAAGUACAACGAGCUGAGGCAGCACGAGAUCUCAGAUGGAGAGAUUACCUCCAAACCCUUGGUGCUCUUCCUGGGACCCUGGAGCGUAGGAAAGUCCUCCAUGAUUAAUUACCUCCUGGGCUUGAAUGACAGCCCCUAUCAGCUCUACACAGGAGCCGAGCCGACUACCUCUGAGUUCACCGUUAUCAUGCACGGAGAGAAGAUCCGCUCCGUUGAGGGUAUUGUGAUGGCAGCCGACAGCUCUCGCUCUUUCUCGCCCCUGGAGAAAUUUGGCCAAAACUUCCUGGAAAAGCUGAUUGGCAUUGAGAUGCCCCACAAGCUGCUGGAGCGUGUGACCUUUGUGGACACGCCGGGAAUCAUUGAGAACCGCAAGCAGCAGGAGAGAGGCUAUCCCUUCAAUGAUGUUUGCCAGUGGUUCAUUGACCGAGCUGACCUGAUCUUCGUCGUGUUUGACCCCACCAAGCUGGACGUGGGCCUGGAGCUGGAGAUGCUCUUCCGUCAGUUGAAGGGUCGCGAGUCCCAGAUUCGCAUAAUCCUAAACAAGGCUGACAACCUGGCCACCCAGGACUUAAUGAGAGUCUACGGAGCACUCUUUUGGAGCUUGGCUCCCCUCAUCAAUGUGACGGAGCCCCCCCGUGUCUACGUCAGCUCCUUUUGGCCGUAUGACUACGCAGCUGACACCAGUCGCGAGCUCUUCAAGCGAGAGGAAAUCUCCCUCCUGGAAGAUUUGAACCAGGUGAUUGAAAACCGCAUUGAGAACAAGAUUGCCUUCAUCCGUCAGCAUGGCAUCCGUGUGCGCAUCCAUGCCCUGCUGGUGGACCGCUAUGUCCAGACCUUCAAAGAGAAGAUGAGCUACUUCAGCGACCCUGAACUCGUGUUCAAGGAGAUUGUUGACGACCCGGACAAGUUCUACAUCUUCAAAUCCAUUCUAGCCAAGACCAACGUCAGCAAGUUCGACCUGCCCAACCGCGACGCUUACCGCGACUUCUUUGGCGUCAACCCAAUCACCAACUUCAAACCCUUGACGGCUCAGUGCUCCUACAUAGGAGGCUGCCUGCUGGACAAGAUUGAGAAGGCCAUCACCAAUGAGCUGCCCGCUCUUCUGAGCAGCAUUAACUCUGGCAAACAGCCCGGCCUGUCCUCCUGCGAGACAACCGGCUGUGGUGAGAAGCCAAAGAACCGCUAUCGGAAGAACUGAGGAACACAAAAUAACUUAAGUGGGGGAAGUAAAGGGAGAGGAGGUGAAGAGAAGGCGUCUGGUGGAAGGCAACCCUGCCUUUGUCAGAAUGCCUGUAUUGUUGAGAAGACAGAGGAGAGAGGAUUAGUGUUUGUUUUUUUUCCUCAGGAGAAUAUGGGGAUGUGCAUUUAGGCCCUGUGGGAAUGAGGAGUGGGAGGGAAGAGUAAUUGGAUGAUAACACAACUUAAGGACACAAGUGCUGAAGAAAUGAAAACAGGUCACUGAUCACUGAGCAUUUGUUGAAACACACGCCCUCCUCUCUCCCUUGCACAAUCACAACGGACUGCCUGGGAUUUCGGGGGUUGAGGAAGUAAAUGAUGUGAAGAAAAACAGUGAUUGGAAAAAAAAAAAAUAUAUAUCUAAGUACGAUCAAAUAAAAAAUUGAAAAUCCUGAGACUUAAAAAGUCAAAUACCAGCUCCCUUGUAUGUGAAUAAAAUGGGAAAAGUGGAAAACAGUGGAGUUGCAAAUUUGUGUUGUAAAAUCUCGAGAAUUGCAUUGCAGGAGGUCAAUUCCAUUUGCUUCAGAAGGUGAUUUUAAAGUAGCCUUUUUUGUGGGUGCUAUACAAAGCCAUUGUCUUUGGGUGCUCUUCCAAUCUCUUGACAUAGAUUAACAUUAACGUUGCAUGUUCCUCACUUGCAUGUAUGUAUUUUCCCUUUAACAAACUCAACCCUGAACCAGCAAGGCCACGCGGCGAAUAAGGUCUUUUUUAUUUCUCAGUUUCAUUCGCUCAUCGGUCUUGGUUGUUGACAACCUGUGAAAUGAGCACCGCGAUGGAAGCAGAGGUCAGGGUUCAAGGGUCAGAGAGUCUUCGGAGCGGGAUGGAUCGUCUCCUUCUGCUUCACUUCUUAACUCCUCUUACUGUUUCUGCGUGCAUCUAUACAUUUGCCAGUCUUUGGCAGAAAUCCCAUAAGGAGUAACUUUCGUCCUUCAAUGAUAAGCUUCCCAGCGUUUUUUCAGCUGACCGACCAUAAUAGCGACACAUGAGAAUGUGUUUAAAUUACAGCUCUCUGUAUCUAUUUGUUUUUGCCGUUUCUUUUGCAGGUUAGAAAGAUAUUUAUUAUUGAUUUGUUUUCUGUGUAAACCUCCCAAAUGGGCAUUGAAGCAGGCUGCGUCUGUGUGCUGAACAAACCGUCACUGUAGGAUUGUGAUAGCGGACCUCUAAUAAUGUAUUUUGUAGAAAAAACUAAAAUAAACAAAAGGCCAUGAGUUGACCCCUGACCUCUUCGGAAAGAUGCAUGCUCCAAAUACUGAUCCCUACGUCUUUGGAGUGACACACGUCAUAGCUACCAUUUCUUACGUGAGCCUACCUCAGUGAACUUCCCAGGAGUAUGGCACGGCCAAAUCGCUCAAAAUAGUUUGACAGUUUGUGAGACACACUUAUUUAAGAUGUUUUGAAGCCGGCAAAGUCCCUUUUUGGCGUCUGAUGUUUGUUGGCAACCUGCAGAGACUCCAGGAAGUUUCUUUGCCUGGCAAGAAAUAGUCAAUUACCCAAAUUACCAAUGUGCUGCGUGGAAACUACACUUUCUGUUCGAUGUCAGCAAACAAGAUAUGAUGUACUAAUUUGGCAGCUUUAGACGUGGCGGUAGCUGGACUUCAGUUACCUUUUGACAGACCCAGGCCAGCUGUUUCCCCCUGUUUCAAUUCGUUAUGCUAAGCUAAGCUAACCAGCUGCUCCGGGCAACAUAUUUAGAGAAACUUCAUAUACCGUGACCUGGAUGAUGGCAAACCUUCGCAGUUUCAAAGAAAUUUAAGUCGAACAAAAUGACAAAGCGCUGUUUGAACUCUGAAGUCAGUCAAGGGACAGGUAGGUGGUCACAACACCUCCAGUUCUCUCUUCGUCUUCCCUCACUAUCCCCCAUAGUGCAGAGUGGUUUUUCUUUCUCCAAUCUGAAGCAUCAUAGAGCAGAUAAGAAAACGACCUGACAGACAAACCCCACUGAAACUUACAUUUGCUUAAUUCCCUGUGUGUCGCUGAGUGUGUGUGCGUUCCACAGGAUGUGUUUGUUAAGUUUACACUGCAGAUCCAGAACAUGCCCACUAGAGAGUGCUGUGUAAAAGUGUAAAAAGUUAUACAUGCAGACCAUUGACUAACACUUCUGGUAGCAACAGUCCUCAGUGGACUGACAGCUUGGCCUUAUGAAAUUGUGUGGUGGUGCUUUUUUUUUGGUAUAGUUCAGUAUCAGUUAUCUUAUUUUCCUGUGAAUUAGAUCUUGACUGGAUGUGUGUCUCAUUAAAGAAGUUGUCGGUUCACUUUUUGUUUUGUUUUGCUAUAAAACUUUAAUUA